AGGUGAUAUUGAUGGUUGUUUGUGAGCCGUCAACUUUCAAAAGAGCGAAGGAGCAGCUUUAGCGAUGUGAGCUUUUAUCCCAUGCACAAGAGCGAAUCAUGCAUGCACUAUGACCAUCCGUACUAAUAAGAGUUGCAAAAAGUAAUUGAAUCUUAUUAAUUCCUAUACAAAAGUCAGAAACUUUGGCUUAACCGACAUUGAUCUCAAUAGAUUAGUGUCGGUACCCGGCCCCCCAUCUAAAUUUGUGGACUCGAAGAUAACAACGUCAUUACAAAAAAAAACGAAGAAAGAAACGUUGCAAAUUCAUUCAAUGAACUUGUCAAAACCUAUGCAUAAACUAAAAAAAAUGAUGUAAAAAAAACAAAAAAAAUGUAAAACACCAUGUUAUUUCACUAGUUACAUGUUUUAAGGGACUUUUUCAAGUUCAACACCAUUUUAUGUCAUGAACUUAAUUUGUUCCAGUAAAAAAAACCUAAUUUUGGUAGCCUAAUUAACAUGUUUCUGACCAAAUGACACAAUAUUAUUGGUAGAUCCGAAUGGUUACACACAGAAAUGCGGUUAGGUUAUAUGGAAAAGCUAGCAGUUAGCUAACUAAUUUCUUCGUGCGCAUCAUAUUGUGACACGUCCUACCACACGUCGUCAUAACAUGAUGAGCUCCAUAUGAGUUUAUCCUAUGUUCACAUUUAGUUUCUAAAGAUAAUUAAAAAAGAUUGCAAGAAAACGACAUGAAAACUAAUACCACACGGAAUGGAGAAUGCCUCUUCUUAAAAUCUUAAAACUAACCCCUCCCACUAUCUUCUUCUUAUAUGGCAUAUCUUUCACUAUUUUCUUUUGUCAACUCCUUUGUAUUUUAAUUGUUAUUAUUCAACACAAAAAAAGAAGAAAGAAACAUUCUAUUUCUCUGUCUUUUCCUCAUCUCUUAUCUGAAUUUUAUUUCUUCUGUCCUGCUUUGUAUAACCGCCGGCCGUCGAUGAACGAUCGGAGUCUGAAAAAGUCUCUAUCUGGAAAAACCAACCCCCCUGCGGAUGAUUCCAUAGUUGGAGAUGCUGACGAGAACUUGGAUCUCUUCUCAAUCAAUCGUAGUGGCUUGACUUCUUUGGACGCUGCUUUGAUUAAACCAGGAAAACGUUCUAUCGAACAAGCUAAAGUUUCUAAACCUGAACUUGAUGAUGAGAAAGAACAUUGGAAUGACCAGCUUAAUUAUACCGUUCCUGAAGUUACAUUAGAAGCUCUUUCUAAAUUGGUUCUACAAGCUAGAAACGUAACUUCCCAGCUUCAGUCAAUUUCUACCACAAGAGCUGGUACAAAGGACGAGAGCGAUCCAUCUUCAAAACCAACGAGAAGCACUUCAACAGUACGUCCCUCAAACAUUCCCACACUUCGUCCUUCCAGCAUUCCAACACUUCGUCCCUCCAGCACUGUCAGGUCCUCGUCAGCCCCUAAGAAGACUACUACAACAACAACAACAGCUUCAGCUUCGGUUGCAUCUCCAAAGAGAAGUGUCUCUCGAUCUUUAACUCCUGUAUCACGCAAAACACCAUCACGAUCUUCAACUCCUUCAAGAAUCAGUACAACUAUUCCUACUUUCAAGAAAGCUGGAGACCCUCAAAGAUCAAGAUCGUUGACUCCUAGGUCAAAGCCUCAGAUUGCAACAAACUCAGCUGCACCUUCAAGUAGGGCCAGUGUGCGCUCUACGUCUGCGUCAUCACGUCCAUCACUUUCAUCAACACCUCAGACACCGCCAAGAGGAAGAGAAAAAACAGUCACUCUAGCGUUUGGUCGACCAGUGGCAACCACAAGGAAUGUAACUUCGCCCAAACGUAACACAUCUCCUGAUGUUACAAGAACGAGGUCCAAAGAGAAGUCUGCUUCUUCUUCUUUGAUUCCUUCCUUUUCAGGCCUUUCACGUACACCAGCAAGGGCAAAGCCUGUUAAGUCAUCUGCAGCUGUUUCGGAUCCAACAAGGUCCGGAAAAAAAGUGUCAAAUGCUUCGGUUCAAAUUGCUAACAAUCACAUGGACGCACGAAAGGGGAAAGCAAAUCCGUUUUUAGGCACAAUGUUGUACCCACAAAGCAUCAAAUCUUAUUCAAGAAAGUGGUGUGGUAGUAGUGAAGGAAGCAGCAGCAGUAACCAGGAAGAGGACGAAGGAAAAAGCCUAAUGAAAGAAGAAAACACAGAGAAGAGUGACAGUGCUCGUUACGAGUCACUCUUGGAUGUUAAAGAUGUCAAGGAUACUAACUGGCUACUUAACCUUGAUGAUGAGUCUAAUCAUUCUCUCAUCUUCGACAGUGUUUUCGACUCUCCUCCUGAGCCAUUCUCUCCUCUUUGACUCUUUUUAUAUUAUCUUUUUCUUAAAACACACAAGUUGCUUGGAAAAUAAUUCUUUUUCACUCUUUUUAUUUGUGCAAUGAAAGAGAAUAAUAAAAGAAUGAUUGCUCUACUUGUUGAAAUACAUGUGUUCUUGUAAGUGUUUCUUGUAUUGGUCGACAAAAAAUAUGUACAUCUUUGAGGUUUUUGUUGGUUUGUACAAAAUAGUUUUAACAAAAGAAACUGGAGUUGCACCAGUA